AUGAGUGAGCAGUUCCAACCACCAAGUAGGCCACCUCCGAGUCAUAGCAGCGGCGAGGCAGGUGGGGAUGUUGAGCGUCAGAACAAUUACUACUAUGGGCAGCAGCCAGAAGGUGAAAAUAAUCAGCAGUAUCAGUUCAGGCAGGACAAGUAUUAUAACUUGAAUGCCCCUGGGGAAGGAGCUCCUAUUGGCAGUUUUGAACAGGCAUUCCCGACAGAUGACAAGCCUAAGUGGAACGAUUGGCCUUUUACAAUUUUCUUCUUGCUGUGUGUCGGAGGGUUUAUUGUAAUUGCAGGUAUUACUUUAAGGGCUUGGGCUCAGACGUACUCGCAAACCGGGUCUGGGAUUUACACGGCCAAUAAUACGGGGACUUUGAAUACGAACUCUGCGAUCUUGCUUGUGUUUGCGGGAGUGGUUGCUAUCGUCUUCUCUGUUGUGGGGAUUGUUUUGUGCCGCAUGUUCCCAAAGUUCUUCAUUUACUGUGGAAUGACUGUUAACAUCCUAGCAGGUCUAGGCACCGCUGUCAUGUACCUGGCUCUGAGAUACUGGUCUGCCGGGAUUGUGUUCUUGGUGUUCACGUUGAUGACGGCUUGGUUCUACUGGUGUAUGAGAUAUAGAAUCCCGUUCAGCGUUGCGGUCCUCAAGACAGUCAUCGAUGCCAUGAAAAAAUGUCCCCAGACGCUAUUGAUCUCCUUCCUCGGUACGUUGGUCGGUGGAGCUUUCGCAAUGCUGUUUUCAGCUGUGAUCGUGGCAACCUAUAUCAAGUACGAUCCAAAGAGCUCGAACGGGGGUUGUGAUGUCAGUGGAGGCGGCUGCUCGAACUCUAAGAAGAUCGGCCUACUCGUUCUCGUCUUCUUCUGCGGUUACUACAUCAGUGAAGUGAUAAGGAAUGUCAUUCAUUGCACAGUCUCAGGUGUUUAUGGUAGCUGGUACUAUAUGUCGAAAUCGGAUCAAGGAAUGCCCAGAUGGCCUGCGUUCGGUUCCUUCAAGAGGGCUAUAACCUAUUGCUUCGGAUCCAUCUGCUUUGGUUCUCUGCUUGUCUCAAUAAUCGAGACUCUGAGGCAGCUCAUCACGCUCGCCAGACAAAGCGUCGCGGCUAGUGGGGGCGGAUUCAUGGCUCAGAUAGGAUUGAUCUUCAUCGACUGGAUUGUUGGCUUCCUUAGAUGGUUGGCAUCAUACUUUAACCAUUACGCCUACUGUUUCGUCGCCUUAUAUGGUCGCCCGUAUUUGAAAUCUGCAAAGGAGACUUGGUACAUGCUAAGAGAGAAGGGUAUGGAUGCUUUGAUAAAUGAUAACUUAAUCGGCGUGGCACUGGGAUUGUACACGCUAUUCGCUAGUUACAUGGCAGCUCUUUUAGCUUUCCUUUACUUGAGAUUUACAAGGCCUGCUUAUAAUUUCUCAGGUAGCUUCAAUGCUACUCUAAUCGCUUUCUCCUUUGUUAUUGCUUUGCAAAUCUGCAACAUUGCGAACGAAACCAUAAGAUCAGGUACUGCCACGCUUUUUGUCGCCCUCAGUAACGAUCCUGAAGUGUUCCAGGCGUCUUAUCCUGAAAGAUUCGAUGAGAUUUUCAGGGCAUACCCUGACGUUUUGAAGAAACUAAGCCACCAGGACGUCUAA